AUCUCGAAACAGGGUUUCUGGCGUGUUCUGGGAAAACACAAUGUUUGUAUGUGUAUGUUGCUUUUUUUUGCACAGAGCUUGACGUUAUUGCAACCUAAUACACUCUCUAUGGGCGGUCACAGAGAACACUUUAGCCAACGGCGAUGAAUGUGGCGUUCAUGACAGUAAUGAAGGUGUUCUUGGAAGUGGUUCUCAAGAUUGUGCGAGCUUCUGGCGAGGAUACGCGUGUUCUUACGAUGUGCAAGGACAUCCUUUUAUUGAGUGAAUCACCCAGUCACUGAGAUUUAUGGAAGAGGAUGGACAUCCCAGCAGCCAAUCACAGCUAUGGGAGCGAGCAGUCCUGGCAGGGUUACACUGGCUGGCCCGCAGUGACCCCUCUGACCAGCCAGCCAACAGCAGUGCUAAACAGUGCUCCAGCAGGGUUUCAGUGUCCAGUCUCAGAUUUUCAGAGUGCAUCUAGCGCUAUGGUUUCAGGAGUUCCUCCCCCAGUGUGCAUGACAGACAGUUCAGCCCCACCCCCGCUGUCAGCUGGCCCCUGGCUCCAGCAGCAGCCUCCCUGGGGUCCUCCUCCGCACUACUUCAAUGGUGUGCUGUAUGAGGCCAACCCUGGUGUGUCCUUUUGCAGUAAUACACAGUCACCACAGGGGAGCGGCAGCUCGCAAUCGGACAGCAGGGUCUCCAGCCCGAGUUCUGAAUCACGGUAUGGUCUGGACCCCCAGUGUCUACCUAGUGCUGUGCGGGGAAUGGAGGAAGACAGGGCGGAAUGGGAGGGGAAAGUGUAUGUGUCAGAGCCAGGCUCCCCUUUGCCUCCACUGGCCACCACUGACUGCACUGUGGAGGAUAGAGGUAAUGCCAGCCCGCGCUUCAUCCGCUGUACCUCCUACUCAUUUCCCACUGAGGGCACAACUGCUCAGCAGAGCCACUUACCCCUGGGGGCAAUAGUGACCCCCCUUGCCAGACUAGAGAAAGGAGAGCGCCCCCCACCUGUGUGCCCCAGUGUUGCAGAAAAAGGGUGUGUGCCAGGCUGUAAUGCAUGUGGUGCCUACAUGUGUCCAUUCAUGGCCUGGCAGGACUGUGGACAGAGAUUCUUCUGCCCUUUCUGUGGAAAACUUGCUGAAGUGCCGUGGCAAUAUUAUCAGCCCACUAACCGUCAGGGUCGGCGUGUGGACAGUGACCACAAGCCUGACCUCUCUCUCGGGUCAUAUGAGAUCCUGGAGAUGCACACGGGCCAGGCUGCGGGGAUGCUCUUGGCUUUGGAUGUGUCUGCUCCUGCAGUGAAUGGGGGACAGCUGGAUCUCAUCUGUCAGCACCUGCGUUCCUUCCUCACCUCUUUGUCAAGUGAACAAGGUGCUGACCAAUCAGAUGUACCAGUGGGAUUGAUGACCUAUGACAGUAGGCUCCACCUCUAUGACCUUAGCCCCACUUUGUCCCGCCCUCACAUGCUGGUCAUCACAGACACAGAGGAGCUUGAACUGCCGGUGCGAGACGGGCUGUUAGUACCGCUCAAAGACUGCAAGGACUGCAUUGACAACAUGCUGCAGCAGAUUCCCCAGCUGGUUGCAGGAUCAGAGGACACGUCCAGCUCACAGGACCUCCCCAUCCAUGCUGGACUCAAGAUACUUCAGGCGGUUGGAUGUCCAGGGAAGCUUCUUAUUUUCCACUGUGCACCCCUAACUGAAAGAACAUUAAAGCAGAGUUCCUCAGGAUUCUUCGGCUCCAGCAAACCAAAGUCCCUUUUCCAGCCAUUGGAGCCUUGCAUCUCAUUGGCUAAGGAGUGCGUCAGUCAAGGCUGUAGUGUACACCUCUUCCUCUUUUCUCAACAAGAUGUAGGAGGUGCUUGGCCAGGACACAUCCCAUACCUGACAGGUGGAGGCUUCUACUGCUAUGAGAGUCUUCAGUCAGAAGGGGACAGAAAGCAGUUGACUUGUGAUCUGAGGAGGUGUGUGGAGACAGAGACAGGCUACAAGGCUGAACUCAGAGUCUUUGUCAGCAAAGGCCUGCGUGUGUCUGGGGUCUAUGGCUCAUGCAACCCUGGUACUAAUCCCACCCACAUCUCCUUGGCAGCCCUCGACUGGCGCACAGCCUUAGCCAUACAGUUCAUUCACUGCAGCCCAUUGGAUGAGCAGAGGGGUGUGGUCAUACAGGUGGCCCUAUCCUACACCAGUUCUCAGGGGGAGAGGAGGACCAGGGUCCACAGCUUGUCCAUACAAUGCUCACGCCACCUGCUGGACACCUUCCGCAACUGCCAGGCCCAGACUCUGCUCACUUUCUACUGCAAGAAAAUGUACUGUGCAGUGCUGGAGCGGCCCCUGCAGGAUUUGCGUGAAGAGCUGCAGACAGAAGUGACGGAAGCGCUUGCCUGUUACCGCAAGCACUGCUGCUCCACGUCGGUAUCGCCAGGGCAGCUGGUGCUGCCCCAGUUCCUGAAGGCUCUCCCAGUCUAUGUGAACAGUCUGCGCAAAAGUGAGGUGCUGCUGCCUGGACUGCACAGCUCUGUCACCGAGCGUCAGCUGCUGCGCAGCCAGCUUGUCAGCAUGGAUGUCAGGAACACCGCCACCCACUUCUACCCCCUCCUUCUCCCACUGUUGUCCCAGCCAAUGUGUAGUGAGCCAGUGAGCAUGCUCAGUGCGGUGGAAGCAGUGCGCUGUAGUGCCAGCAGUCUGGACCCGGGGGGCCUAUACCUGGCCUACUCCCCCCUCACGCUGCUGUUGUGGGUGGGGCGCUGUGUCCCCCACCAGGCCCUAUUGCAACUCUUCAGCAUAACGUGCUUCUCCCUGCUGCCCUCGGGACAGGUAUGCCUGCCUGUGCUAGAGAACCCUCUGUCUAUCAGUGUGAGGAGAAUCAUUGACAACCUGCAGUCAGAUGCACCCUAUACUCUCAAGCUGCAGGUAGUGAAACAGGGAGACAGCAGUGAGGAAGCACUUCAUCACCUCCUGGUGGAAGACAAAAGCCCCAAUGGUGGGGCAUCAUAUGCAGACUUUCUCUACCACCUGCACGUCAACUCACUGCGUCUCUUGGUGUAACACUGUGUCCCUCUGGAACUGUUAUGGUGGUUUUCCUGUUCUCAUCCGUCAUUCAGUUACUCUGCCCCUAUACCCUUUCGUCCUGCAUCCCUCUUCAUCCCUCAUCCCUAGAUUUUUGAACAUGGAAGAGUUCAUUUUGACCUUAAACUGGAAGAAUCCAAUUCUAACCUAAAAUAUCUGCGAUUUUAGACUGUUGCUCUAUUCCCAUCCAUGGUAAGACUCCACAGGCAUGUACGCAUAUUAAGCAAUAAACAGUAUGG